GCCGCGCGGGAGCGCUCCCCAGCCGGUGGGACCAGACGGGCUGGGGCGGGUCUGCGUGGGCACACGGGGACGGCGGGCUGCGGUCCGGCGCGAGCACGGGCAUCCUCACGCUGAAUCCCGGGACGUGACUCAGGGAACACACAAGCUUCGUCAUCAUGGGAGCUGUAGUAGCUGAUGAUGGUCCAUCAGGAGUUAAAGCCCCUGAUGGAGGCUGGGGCUGGGCUGUCCUGUUUGGCUGUUUCAUCAUCACAGGAUUCUCCUAUGCCUUUCCUAAGGCAGUUAGUGUCUUCUUUAAAGAACUUAUCCGGGAAUUUGGCAUUGGAUAUAGUGACACUGCAUGGAUUUCCUCCAUUCUGUUGGCCAUGCUUUAUGGAACAGGUCCACUUUGUAGCAUAUGCGUCAAUCGCUUCGGUUGUCGCCCUGUCAUGCUAGUGGGUGGCCUUUUUGCCUCAAUGGGGAUGGUGAUAGCUUCCUUCUGCACAAGCAUCGUUCAGAUCUAUCUAACCGCAGGUGUGAUUACAGGUUUGGGUUUGGCACUAAACUUUCAGCCUUCACUCAUCAUGUUAAACCGUUACUUUGACAAACGCCGGCCCUUAGCCAAUGGGCUAUCUGCUGCUGGGAGUCCAGUGUUUCUCUGCGCUCUCUCACCGUUGGGACAGAUACUACAACAUGAGUAUGGUUGGAGAGGAGGAUUCCUUAUCCUGGGUGGGAUGCUGCUCAACUGCUGUGUAUGCGGAGCACUAAUGAGACCUUUGGAGCCACCCAAAAAGUCUGAAGCUACCAAAGAGCCAGCUGAGAAGAAAGUGAAGAAAAAACUUCUGGAUUUCAGUGUUUUUAAAGACGGUGGUUUUGUAAUUUAUGCAUUAGCAGCAUCUAUCAUGGUGCUUGGCCUCUUUGUUCCCCCAGUAUUUGUUGUGAGUUAUGCCAAGGAUUUAGGGUAUCAAGACACCAAAGCAGCUUUUCUUCUGACUAUUCUGGGAUUCAUUGAUAUCUUUGCUCGCCCAAUCUGUGGAAUGGUAGCUGGUCUUAAAUGGGUUAGACCACGUUGUGUCUACCUCUUCAGUUUUGCUAUGAUUUUUAAUGGCUUUACAGAUCUCAUGGGUUCUAUGUCUGUUGAUUAUGGUGGACUGGUGGUCUUUUGCAUUUUCUUUGGCAUUUCUUAUGGAAUGGUAGGUGCUCUUCAGUUUGAAGUUCUCAUGGCUAUCGUUGGUACGCAGAAGUUUUCCAGUGCUAUCGGUUUAGUGCUCCUGGCAGAAGCUAUGGCUGUUCUGAUUGGUCCACCAUCAGCAGGAAAACUCCUGGAUGCAACGGGGAGGUACAUGUUUGUUUUCAUUAUUGCUGGAAUUGAAGUUACCACUUCAGCCCUUGUAUUGGCCUUGGGAAAUUUUUUCUGCAUUAAGAAAAAAUCAGAAGAACCACAUACAAAAGAAGAAGCAUCAGAAAGAGAGGAAUUAAACAAAUCUGAAAACAAAACUCUUGAAGAUGCCAAGGUGGACUCUAUUGAAGUGGAGCAGUUUCUGAAAGAUGAGCCUGAAAAAAAUGGUGAAGUUGUAACUAACCCAGAAACAUUGUGUGUGAGCAUGACAAGGAACUGGAAAAGUGUUUAGAAAGAAAGAUUUUCAACACUAUUUAUUUUAGAAACAGAAAUAGUUUAGGGCUGGGCCAUCUGCUUUAGUAACUGCGGACUAGUCAGCUCACCAGGUCUCUUUGGAAGCUGAUGAGCUAGAUAACAUCUUACUGGAAAAUUAGCUUUAUCAGGAAAAGGUGGAACAUUGUGGUUAUACAUUUCAUGUAAACUAAAAAGCUUUAUGAAAACAAUUAAGCUCUUGCUAUGCAUCACCAGAAACUGCUCACUUGGAAGAUACAGGAAAAGCAUAUUUUAAGAAAAGUGAAUUAUAUGUAUGUUUUCAGAAAAUAUUGAUGAAAUUGCUGUGUUGUGUGGCUAAAUAUAAUUCCCCUAUGUUCUCCAUGAAGGGAAAAGAGUUUGAGAUGGAUAAAACUCAGGAACUUAAAGGUCUCCAUGAGGUUUUUGAAUUUCUUACCUUUUUAGAUUUUUUAGAUUUAUUGGCUCAGCCCUAAUUUAAUUUUGAUAAUAUCUGUAACUUCAAUUUAUGUAAAUGCAUUUCUGCCUAAACUUGUAACCUUUGCAAUUAUCAUCUGGAAAUCCUGGUUUUGGAAAGGCACAUUACCGAUAGUGUCCUCAGCAGAUCACUCAAGUAGUAUUUCAAGGUAGUACUAAAAGAAAAAAAAUGAGCAGAAGGGAUCCUGGCGGACCUCAAGCAAACGAAAUUAGCCCACAGUUCCAUAUACCGUUUUCAGUAAAAUUUCCCUAGAGCAUUGAAAAGUAUUACAGGAAACAUGGAGAAGAUGAUUAUUAGGUUUAGUAGAAUAUUCUGAAAAAGUGUCCAUUUUGCAUGUAAAAGAAAUGGUGCAAGUUUCCAGAUGACCUAUAGACUGGGGUAGACUUAGGGAAGAGACUGAACUACUUUGAAACAUGUUAGUCAUCCAUAAAAUGCAGUGUUAGCCAUUACAGGAAGUUUUAACAUGUUUGGUUUUUUCUUCCCUAUUAUCCCACCUCCCUACCCUCUGACUUAAUCUACAGAAGUUCAAAGUGCCAUUCUUGUUGUUUGAGGAAACAUGGUAACAACUGUUCAUCAUUUUUAUGAUAGCACAGUAUUGAAUAGAAAGGAAAGCAUUAUUUUUCCCCCCCCCCCCACCCCCAAACCAUUCAAGAAAUGCAAUUUUUAAAAUAUAAAAUCAUGCUACUGCACCCCACUGCUCAAAUCUGCUUAUAAAAAGCUGCCUAGGCUUUGUAAGUGCAGUAAAAAUAUUCAAAACAGACUGUUAAUAGAGUUCAGUUUUCUUAUUAGUAGCAAAGGAAUACUGGCUUUCGGGGUGGCCAAAAUUGUUGUGCUUAAUAACUGAAACUAAAAGACCCUAAUCCUUUAAAACUCAGUAUCCCCUUUAAAUUUUAACAGAAACAAAGUGCCAAAAGCAUGAACCAUUCUUUAAUGAACAAUCUCAGAUACCAGCUUCCACUCUGGAAGUUUCUUCAAAAUGGUUUUGCAAUUGUUAGGGUAACCUUGCACAGAAAUUGGAAAGUUAGAAUCAUAACUUUUAAAAGAAAUGGAUGCUGCACAGAAUAAACCUGUUUUUAUAUCCUAUGUAGUGCAUUAUUGUAAAGUCUUUUAUUAAUUUAGUGGCAGCAAUUGUAGUGAAUGUCAUUUCCCAGUUGUAACAGCUUACUUACUGAACUUAGCGCCAGUUUGCUGAAGACCAAAUUGGUACUUGAAACACAACACUAAUAGUUCCAGAAGGCAAGAGAAAAACGGAAUCCACAGAGUAAUUCAUUGUAUCUUUGGAGCCUGCUUCAGAUGAUAUAUGAAGGCCUGAUACAGCUUUCAGAUUGGAGUCCCCUGUUUCAAAAAGCAAUAACUAGAAACCUUUCCAAAGGUGAAUUCAGAUUCUCAGAUAGCCAUUUUUGUCUUACUGUGUGCUUUGAUCACUGGAUUUCUUUGCUAGAUAAUGCUACACUGUUAUCACAGAACUAAAUGGUUAUUCCUUUGACCUCAGGUUUUGGCACAAUUUUAAGUUUCUGUACAUUCUUCAAAUGUACUAGACUGCUUUAUAUGUAACAGAAUGUAAUUUGUGCUAAUCAUACUGAUUUUCCAGACUACUUUUCAUUUUCCAUACAUACACUUUUACGGUUAAGCUGGAAACAAGAAGUUUUAUGUUGCAAUUUUAUGGGAUUUGAGACAGAAGAGAAAGUUAGGGAGACAAGGAGACACGUUUCAACAAGAAACCAUAAAUAAUGUUGUAAGUAAAACUAGCAUUCACAGGAAGGCCUCCUUUGCCUAUACGAGUUAUUUUCUUCAACUCAGAGAUCAAUCAUUGCGACUGGGACUGCCAAUGCUCUUGUGCUGUUUUCAGCACAGACCUACACCAGUGGCUUGCAGUAUUUAUGACAGUAGGAGAUAAUUACUGAAUGAGAGUGCUCAAAUCACAGGACUCCUUUAUUGACUGUGAGGAAAAAAAAAAGGGUUAAAAGUUAAUUCACUGAGCAGUUUUAAAAAGCCGUAUGAGCAGUUGUAAAAUCUUUAUCAUUUUAAUUAAUUACAAGAAGCAUCAAUACAAAGGCAAGAAACUCCUAAUGUAGCUCUCUUAGCAACAUUCAAAAAGCGGCAGGCUUGAGAGUUCUUCAGAGUUCUAGAGCCAGUUAAGCUCCUUAUUCCCAUUCCGUCCCAUUCAAGGCUAGCACCCAAGUGUGUGCUAGCCCUCCAAUCCUCCUUCUGUUCAGCUGCCCUUAUCUUCUUGGAAAGAGAUCUGCUAUACUGAUGGGAUGGAAACCGCCAUGCCAGAUCCCUAGGCUGCACACCUGCUGGCCACUAUACUAUACCGUGCUGAAGCAUGUAUCCAGCUGCUCCUAUUGACAUCGCGGCAAAGGCCUUCGCAUUCAUCUCCUGUUUUAUAGACCCUUCUCCUUCCUCCCUAAUGUGUAAAAAACCAAAACCAACCAAAACUAAACCCCACAAGCAGCUAGUCCUUAGGUUCCCGGUACUGUCCAGCCAGGCUCCUUUUUAAUUUAACUCUGCUUAUUGUAAAUAUUUAAAUAGAUUGAUAAAUAUAAAAACUAUGUAUUUCAUAUAUUUAAAAGGAAUGUAUUUAAAUGCCUCCAGGUAUUCUGGCUACUGCAUUUCUUUAACCUCAAUACCACUGAGAUGCCCUUCAGAGCAGUCUGUGAGAUGUGCUCGUCCAUGUAUUUUGAGGACGUACACGAGCAAAGCCAUAAAGCAUUGCUAAGGAGACACUGAUUGCUCAGGGUCACAGGCAGAACAGUUUCAUGCAACAUCUACCAAGACGAACCUUUGUUCGACCUUCACCAGAUUCAAAUUUGUGUUUUAAAAAAAGGGAAAAGGAAGUGAAUGUAGGUGACUAUGCAAUUGAAUUGCCAAGCAUCCAAAGAUUAUAAUUGACUCCUGCAUCAUACACUAUUAAAACAAAUGUAAUUUCUUUAGACACACAGUUCAUGAAUAUAUCUAAGAAGUCUGGAAAAGUAAACAAUCAAAAAUCUAAAAGACAGUUUUCAAAUAUUCUUUCUCUGAAAGUAGUGAAUUACCCUGCAGGCUAGCAAAUUUUUAAAGCAUUUUGGAUCUUCAUAUAUUCUAUAAAAUAUGUACUGUAGGAUUUAUGGUUAAAAUAUUAUAUGAUUGAUUAUGCAAUGGAUCUUAGGAAAAUAAGGGCCUGAUGCAAGGAGAUGAAAUGUGUAUAAAUGCCAGCAAUACACAUACACUGCAUACAAAAGUAUACAUGUGUUUGCACAUAGGUAUUGACGCAGGCAUAUAUAUUUUGCAUAAACAUGCAAAAUACCUGCAGGAGUAUAUUAGAGAGAGCUUGCCCAUUUAUUACACAAUAAGCAGAGUUAAAAUUAUUUCCUUCCUCUUAUACAAAGAUCAGUUUGCUUUUUAAAAAAUUCUAAAUUAAGUGUUCUGUAGACAUUUGGAGCCUAGAACACCUCAUCAGAAGUCUUAAAGUUUAUGCAGCUGUUUCAAGCUAAGCCAGUUCCCUAAAGUUAAGACUUGAGAUAGUAUGAAGGUACGGCGUAAAGGACUGGAGAGAUCUCGUGCUAACAUUAAAUUCCAUCCACAAAACGUGUAUUAGGCAAUGGAGAAUCAUUCUGUAAAAAUAAUUUAGAACCCCUAAUCAAGCAUCUGAACUUCAAAAUGAAAAAGCAAAAUUCACAUAUGCACCUUUGGUAUAUCCCAAAGAAAAUGUUUAGUUUGGUAGACAAUCAUAAACAGAAGAAAUUCAGAAUGCAAACUCUUACAUGUUACAGCGGUAAGUAUUGACUUGUGUAUGUGCAUCUGUGUCUCUCUGCCACAUUUGUCUAGGAUUAUGGGAAUACAGUUCAGUUUUGUGCGAGACGACAUUUUGUUUCUUGUUAAGGCACUUUAAUGUAACGUACAUUUAUACUUAGAUUUUUUUUUUUAACGCUUUUCUAGUAAAUUGUUGCAAAUGUAGUGAAUAAAUAUAUGGUUGUCAAAAACUGUG